UGCCACUAGUUUGCAGGCAGGCACACAUGGCGCUAGCUGCCAGCAUUUUUGCUGGUUUUGCAAAGAAUCUAAUGACAUUCUGGUCAAAGUAAACUCUCCCGCAAUUCCAUGAGAACAUUAUUGUCUACCAUACAGACAGGGAUCACCACGACUUUCCUAAAUCCCCCAAAUUAAUAUCUAAGUCAAACAAUUCCGCAUUUGUUCCAUCCCUCUUUCGCACGAACUUUUUUUUUUCUUUCUUUUUUGUUGUAAGUGAAUUACGGUUCCAUAGUUUGUAUAUACAGCUGUGUGUGUUUGACUUCAAUAUAUCCAGACAGAACUCCCACUAGUGGAUUUUGUUAAUUAUUGCUUGCUCAAUUGUUUGCACAACAGAUUCUUUUAUUAUAGUUGGUGGCAUGUAUGACAUAUAUAUUGUGUAGCAUUGCACUAUGAUGUUUUCAUCCACAGCUCUCUAUCUCUCUCCAUUUCUGUGAGAUCAAUCAACAAAGUUAGAGUGGUACAUAGGCUAAUGGGAGACCAAGAAGCAGAAUACCAGGGUGAUGUUCAUGACCAACCUCAAAUGGAGGCGGAGGAGGUGGAGUUACAAGAUCAACAAUUUGAGUAUCAACAAGUGCCUGACACUGGCGACGGUGUUCCUCCAUUGAACUAUGAUGACCAAAACCAACAUGAUCAAUACCAACAACCACAGCCACAGCCACCCAAUCAAAAUGAUUAUGACCCCCAACCGCAACCACAACCACAAGUCGUCUUUCAGCAGACACAACAGCCAUCUCAGCCUCAGCCAAUGCAGUUCCCACCACUAGGUCCUCCACAACCAAACCCUUAUCAGACUCAACCACAGCAAUUCCCUCCUCAAAGCCCUCAGCAGUUUCCUCCUCAGAGGCCACAGCAGUUUCCUCCUCAAAGUCCACAACAAUUUCCUCCUCAAAGUCCAAUACAGUUUCCUCCUCAAAGGCCACAGCAGCUCCCUCCUCAAAACCCACAGCAGUUCCCUCCUCAGAGCCCACAGCAGUUUCCUCCUCAAAGUCCAAAGCAAUUUCCUCCUCAAAGGCCACAGCAGUACCCACCACAAAGCCCGCAAUUUCAAGCUCAACAACAACAACAGCAGCAGCAGCAGCAGGGCUAUCAGCAGCCUCAAAUGACCCCCCAGCCUGGGGCUGCUGCACAGUUCCCACCCCAGAAUGUGCAAUCCCAUCCCAAUCCCAUGUAUGGAAAUGGGGCCAACCAGCCUGGGGCCUACCCACCACAAGCACCCCAACAAUCUCCAGCAAAAUUUCCUCCUGCAAGUCCAAGUACACCUCAUCAGGUUCAUUACCAGCAGCAGCAGCCGCUACCAGCACAAGCAGGGUACAUUAAUGUUAAUGCAGGCAAUACCAAUGCCAUGCCUGAUAAUAAUUAUGCUGCUCAAGGGGUUCCAGUGCAGCAGCCUCAUUACCAGCCGGGACCUCUUAAUCAUAUCAACCUGCAGAAUGUUGGCACUGAGGGCUGGAGUUCUGAGUUAUUUGAUUGCAUGGAUGAUCCAAUGAAUGCUCUCACAACGGCUUUCGUUCCAUGCUUGACGUUCGGGCAGAUAGCAGAGAUUGUAGAUAACGGCACUACCUCAUGUGCCAUCAGCGGAUUGUUCUACGGGUUGAUUGCAAGUUUCCUUGGGGUACCAUUCAUAAUGUCAUGCACUUAUCGCACAAAGCUGCGGAGCAUGUUUGGGCUGGUGGAGGCCCCUGCACCCGAUUGGGUCACUCAUUUGUUUUGUGAACCCUGUGCUCUCUGCCAAGAAUAUAGGGAACUUCAGAUCAGAGGGAUAGAUCCUUCCAUAGGUUGGAUAGGAAAUUUGCAACGGAAUCCCAACUUGCAGCAGCAGCUGCGAGCUAACAUGAUGGCGCCUCCACCACCCCAAUAUAUGAAUCAUAAUUGUCAAUGACAAACAAAUAUGAUACGAUAAUCGGUUUCAUGAGAAAUUGAAGCAAAUUAAUGUUUCUGAUCUCAUCAUCUUUGUUAUAAAUCUCAACCGUUUGCAGACCUUUGCGUUUUCUGUCAUCAAGGCCAGUAUUUUCUUUUUCUAUGUUAUUAUUUUCUUGUUUAGUGAUAUUGUGGAUACUAUGAAUAUGUAUCGCUUUUCAUUCUUGUAAUAUUGAACGAAUUGUUGUUUUCAUUCAUUGACAAAUAAUCCGAGUAUUUUUGUUUUGAUGGAGUUUCGUUUAUGGUGUA